UCAGUCUUGUCUGGGCUCUCGACGGAAUCGGUGCGUUUUCCAAAAUAAAAAUACUAUUCCUGGUUUUUCCUUAAACUACAGAAGUAUAUAUACAGACUGUUUUUAUGUGUUUUAAAUCAAUUAAAGUAGUGAAAUUCUCAGUGAACUCUAAUUGCAAAAAGUGCCUUCGUUUGAUGUAAAUCCGACACAUUUACUUCACGAAUGACCUGUGAAUAUAUGUAAAAAGUGUUGAACAUGUGCUAUUUAUAAACCCGCCUUAAUCUUAAUGGCUUUGCUCCUCUAUAUGCCGCUACAUAUAUAGAUCUUCUCCCAUAAAUAUGUUGGAGAACAAAUAAAAAAAAGAAACGAAUGUCGUGAAAUCUUAUUAAUGUAUUCUUUUUUAUAAAAUUUGAACCCAAGAACCCGAUACAAGUGAGAGUGGAAAGGUGUGUGGCAGCUGUUCUAUAAGGAUCGGAAAUAGGGCUGCAGAAUGUGGGCGGCAAAAUAUGUUUUAUGCGCGCUAGCAUGCGUUGCAUUUGCUUCAGCUUCUCCAAGCUCCGAGCGAAAAAGGAAAAAUGUCAUGAAUAUUCCAGAGGAUCCUAAAGUUUCUGACUCCUUGGCUGCUUCUUUGGACAUGAGCUGCUCGUCGGCCAAAAUCCUUCCGCCGGAGAUUAAUCAUGGUAGGGUGUCCGUUUUCGAUCGCCGCCGGAGGGGAAAGAAGGUCUUCCUAGUGGCCUUUUUCGUAUGCGAUGAUAACUACGACUUUGAAAACGGAAUCUCAGAAAUGUUUUGCUCGAACCAGAAAUGGGUGGAUGAAAUACCCACCUGCAUUCCCCAAUUGAAUUUUGAAGAACACGACGAGAAAGUAGGUUACGAUUUGGAAGAUUAUUCCGACGAAACUGUGCCCAACGAUUACGUCGAGAACAGUGAUAUUGAUGAGGAUGAUGAUGAAGAGGUUAGUGAAAGGGAACCACCACCGCCACCACCACCACCGGUAGUGGAUGGAGCCGAUUCCAAGCCUGAACCACAAAUAGUUAUCGAAAUUAAUGAUGAUCAUGCAAAUGAAGUCGUUGAAUCAGAACCUGCUUUAGCGGAGACUGAAACUGAAAAUGAGGUCCUUGAAAACGAAACUCCCCUGAAAGCGGAAGUCCAAACUGAUGUACUCAACUCCAGCAAUGCAUCUGUUAAGGUCACCAAUGAUCCUUAUGAGCCAACAUUCUUGGAUAACAAUUGUGGCGAAGACAAUGGAGGCUGUGCGCACAUUUGCAAGCGAUUGCUUUAUCCAGAUGAAAACCAGCCCAUCAAUAAGUGCGAUUGUCGAGAGGGUUAUACCCUGGAUCCUAACGAUUAUGCUAGCUGCCUCGAUAUCGACGAAUGCCUGGAAUCGAAUGGUGGUUGUUCGGAAAUUUGCGAAAACCUUCCAGGAGAAUAUAAAUGUAGCUGCCAAGAGGGUUAUUACUUAGACGAGUCAGGAAAGAGUUGUGUUGACAUUAAUGAAUGUGCGAAUCCCGAGCUGUCAUCGAAUUGCCAGGGUGCUUGCGAGAAUCUGCCAGGUUCAUAUCGCUGUGUGGAGCCGCUGGAGGAGAAUCCCGAGAUCACGGAAGUCGUGGAGAAUCCCAUUGAGAAGACCAACGAAGUCCCAGUGAACGUUUCCGAAUCACAACCCGCCGGAAAAACAUGUAAUUCUGGCUUUCAACUUUCCGCCGACGGCACUGAUUGCCAGGACAUUAAUGAGUGCGAGGUAGACGGUCCUGAGGAUCUUGAUAAUAACGCAGUCUGUCAGCAAAAGUGCGAGAACACUAUUGGAUCAUUCCGUUGCACCUGCGUUGAAGGAUACCACCUGCUCGAAGAUCAACGAAGCUGUGCAUUGGAUAGCUGUACGGAUCUGGAGAAUCCCCAGUUGAAUCGCACUCGAUGUGCCCACGAAUGCCAGGAUUUGCCAGAGGGAAGCUACCGAUGCGUGUGUCCCAAGGGUUAUGAACUAUCAGAGGAUCAGCAUUCCUGUUUGGUGCAAGAAUCUCCAUGCUCCACAGAAAAGGGAGUUGAAAAGUGCUCCCCGGGAACCUGUCUAGCCAGUGAGGAUAAUACCAGCUUCAGUUGCAUUUGCCCAACGGGCUACCGCAGUGAGGCAUUCAGUUGCCAGGACAUUGAUGAGUGCGCAGAGGAUACACACCUUUGCAGUCACACUUGCCAGAAUACACCCGGUGGUUAUCAGUGCCAGUGUCCCGAAGGACUCAACCUGGUCGAGGAGUACACCUGUUUGGCCGAGAAUCUCUGCGAGGUGAACAACAACGGAUGCGAACAGAUCUGCCUGACUGCCCGAGGAGGAGUUUGCGCCUGUCGCGAGGGAUUUCGAUUAAGUGCCGAUGGCAAGAGUUGCGAGGACGUGGAUGAGUGUCUGGUAAAUAACGGUGGCUGCCAGCAGGUGUGCCGAAAUCUUCCAGGUUCGUAUGGGUGUAUAUGUGCCGCCGGCUAUGAGCUCCUCAAGCUUGAUGGCAUACGCGGCUAUUGCUUCGACAUCGACGAGUGCUCGCAGAGAACUCAUGGGUGCAGUGAUCAAAUGCUUUGCGAGAACCUCAAUGGUUCGUACACCUGCCUCUGUCCACCGGGAUAUGCCCUUGGCUUGGAUAACCACAUAGUCACAUCACUAAACAGCUCAUUCAUUACUGAUUCAACCUCAUCCGAAACCCCAUCAGCGCAUACAUGCUUGGACAUUGAUGAGUGCUCUCUGGCCAAUGGGAAUUGCUCCCACUUUUGCCAGAACGAGCCUGGUGGCUUUCAGUGCGCCUGUCCCUUGGGCUAUGCCCUAUCCGAGGAUAUGCGCACCUGUCAGGACAUUGAUGAGUGCCUCGAUAGCAAUGGCCAAUGCUCGCAGCUCUGCUUGAAUCAACCUGGGGGAUUUGCCUGCGCUUGUGAAACGGGUUUCGAGCUAACUCCAGAUGGAUUCGGUUGCGCCGACAUUGAUGAGUGCUCGCAGGACUAUGGAAACUGUAGCGACAUCUGCAUCAAUCUUUUAGGUACCCAUGCCUGUGCCUGCGAAAGGGGCUAUGAGCUGGCCAAGGACAAGCUAAGUUGCCUGGAUGUGGAUGAGUGUGCCGGCCUUCUUUCCGGUGGUUGCAGCCACGAGUGCAUCAAUAAGGCAGGUACCUUUGAGUGUGGAUGUCCCUUGGGUUACAUACUCAACGACGAUGGUCGUAGCUGUAGUCCCGCUCUGGUGGGUUGUCCACCGGGAACUCAGCGAUCCGCGGAUGGAUGUGCUCCAAUUGAAUGCAAUCCGGGUUAUACCCUGGGAUCGGACGACAAGUGUGUGGACAUCGAUGAGUGCCAGAAGCAGAACGGUGGCUGCUCGCAUCGCUGCUCCAAUACCGAGGGUUCAUUCAAGUGCAGCUGUCCACCGGGCUAUGAACUAGAUAGUGAUCAAAAGACUUGCCAGGACAUCGAUGAGUGUGACCAAGACAAGACUAGUUGUAUCACUGGAACCUGUAUAAACGAGAUUGGAGGCUUCCGCUGCGAGUUUCCCAAGUUCCCCGUUCUGCCGGAGAUUCCCACAGCUUCGUCACUGCCUGAAUCGCCCAAAAUUGAAUUGAAGACGCCAAAGUAUCCUGAUUUCACCGAGCUGUCCAAUGAAAUACCCGAGAAUCCCAAGAAACCAGCUGAGUUCGAUUACCCAGAGCCCAAGUUUCCAUCUUUGCCUAAGUGGGAAGGUCUUCCAAAGCUUCCGCCCCUUGCUGACAUACCUACAUCGAAAGCACCCGUUCCCCUGCGUCCUGAAGUGCCUAAAAGUCUGUGGGUUAAUCAGUUGCAACCCAGGGAUCUGUGCCCUCGAUUUCAGGCACCACGAAAUGGCAAGUCCCACUGCAAUAGGUAUCGCCAUAAGCAGAAGCUCUUCUACUACAGUCGCUGCCGAAUUUCAUGCAAUUCGGGCUAUAUUCUUCAGGGUCCUGAGAUCAAAAGCUGUGACGCCAAUGGAAUUUGGGAGGGGCCCGAAACCAAGUGUGUUGCCAUCAACCAACCUCGUGCACAGAGUCCUGGAAUCUGCCCCGCUCUAAAGCCCGCCCAAAAUGGAGUUAUACUCCCAGCUAGCUGCACUCAGGGUCCAUCUCGAUUUGGUGACGUUUGCCGUCUUCAGUGCAAUGCUGGCUUCGUGUCCACCGGAUCCUUGUUGACCGCCUGCAUGAUGCUGCAGGGCUGGUCGUUCGGUGCAGAUCUCAACUGUCAGCCAUUCGGAAACGGUUUGCUUGGAAAUCAAUUAUCCCCGAUGUGGAAUUCUCCGAAAACAGUGACUCCUCAUCAAAUCCAGAAUGUGGAACAGAUUAGGCCCUAUAUCAAUUGCCCGGAAAAUGUUGUAAUCCUACUGCAUGCCGGUGAGCAGAAGGCUCAUGUGACUCUUCAAAGACCCCAAACUAAUGUUAAGAAUGGCCGAUUGGUCGCCCAUCCCGCUUGGGCUGGUCAACUUCAGGGUCAUCUGCCAGCUGGAGUCCAUAAGGUUGACUUUAGAGUUAACGAUCCGGAGACCAAGCUCACAAUUAAAUGUCACACAAUAAUUACUGUUAAGGCUGCAACACCUAGAGAAUCAAAUCCAUUUACUUUGUUUCGAAUAUCUGAUUAUUCAAGAUCAUCACUUCCCAGACCGGCUCCAUUUGCGACUUUGUCCACUGGUAGUUCAUUCUCAUUUCCUGCAUUCAAAGCCCUGGAUGCAACUCCAAAACCAGUUUCCUUUACCAAAUUCCAAGUUUUCCCAGAUUCUGAGUCAUCAGAGCACUCGAAACUUGGGUCAUCUUCCUUCUUCAGGCUGGAGCCCCUUUUCCACGAGUCAUCCAAGCUUAUAAGUGCUGCUCCUGCUUCUAGUGAAAACACACGGGUGGAUUUGGGUUCGGAUACCUCCAACUAUUGUCCUCCAUCCAUUGAAGUAUAUCUGAAGGAGAAUCAGAAUCUGCGUUCAGUGGUGUGGGAUGAGCCACGAUUCGAGGGAAAACUGCUCAAGAUAUAUAAGUCACAUUUUCCGGGUUCUUUGUUUAAAGUCGGCGAUCACGCAAUCAAAUAUGAAGCCACCACCACCGAUGGAAAAACUUUAAGCUGCACAUUUUUUAUAUACGUCAGAUCUGCCAAGCCCACUCCUGCACCCACCGAACCCAAGAUCAGUUUUGAUUCCGAGCCCGAAACUCUCUCCGAUGUUUCACAAACCUAUGUGGUCUGUCCGGAUAAGGAGCCCGUCCGGGUAACCGCCGAAUCCGUAAGUCUGCCCGUUGGUUGCACUCUGAAGAAUAUACGUCCAAAAUCGAGAUCCCCGAAAGAGCUGAAACGCGGCAAGCUCACUUCUCUUUGGCAUCAGUAUACAAAUUUCUGAUACCCGAAAUUAUUAUGUAAUGCUUGAUGCGCACUUUAUAUAAAUAUUUUUGUACGACUUUUGUAUGCCUGACAUUUUUCUUAAGAUGCAAUAAUAGAUGUGCUAUGACGUG